CUAGAUUAGUUGACGUAUAUCUGCGUCCUUUGUGGUGACACCAUGGAACUCAGCAAUGACAAGAAAACGGUUCUUUUAGAAGAACGCGAGACGAGCAAUUGCAAUCGAUCUCGAAGGCACAAAGUCAAGCCCUGGAAGAUCCUGUGCGCACUGAGCUUAAUCUUCUCGACGGUCUUUAUUGCAGCAUUUUCUGGAGGCUAUUUCACCGGAAAAGACAGUGUCGCGACAAAGACAAACGAGGAAUUUCAAGGUCAAACACACAGAGCGUAUCAAGUGCAUUAUGACGGUAAAAGUCACGUCAUUGCGGCGUUUCGCGGCAGCAUUCCGGUCGAGAAGUUCGUGCAAGAGCGCAGCAUUGUGGUGGACGGUCGCUUGGUGAGCGCUCCGGGCAAUCCGCUUCUAACACCAAAAGGAACAAGCCAGAUAUUUGUAUACCAGUAUGAAAGCAAGGUCAGCCUUAUUUGGACCGCCACGGGAAAGAACUACGGCGAGACGGUCGAUGAUCCCUCUUUCUCAGGAGAAGGUGAGUACACGGUGACAUCCAACGGUUUGAGAGGCGAGUUAGUCCAGUUGAAGGACGGUUAUCAUCAGAACUACGAGCGUAUGCCCAUUCCCGAUACCUUCUCGAUUGGAUUGAAUUGGGGAAGUGUGAGUAGCUUCGGUUUUGUCAUCACAAUCGAUGAUCCGAUCUCUGUUAACGCAACCAUUCAUUUUUCCAAACAAUCCGGUGAGAAACAGGCACUAAACAUUCGCGGUGGAUACGAGUUUGACACCGAGAUUCCGGAGCUUCCGUCUCCAGAAGCUCCCCUGAACAUCAGAGCCUACACAAAGCAGUUUUCAACCAACAACAUACCCGUUAGCGAAACGGAGACCCUCUUACUCAAUCCUUGUCCGACAUCAAAUCUGACUAUAGUCAAAAUCGGUUCCGACCGUCGACGACGUCGUUCCAUGAACGUCCGAAGCAAUCCAGGAACCGCAUUUAUUGUGUCGGACCCGGUAACUAAGGAAGUCCUACACAGAGUCGAACUGCGUCGAGAUGAUCGCCACGGAGGACGGAACGGCAGCCUGUGCUGGAGAGUUGAGAAUCACGUGUGGGGUGUCGAGGCGUCUUUCUGUUCUCUCUCCUACGAGACGCUCUAUAACGGCAUUGGAAACGCAACCGGAGAAGAUGGCAAAUCGACGAUGAUGCUAAACGUACACUAUCGUCUCUUGACGAAGAGCAUGCGCAGUGGCGCUGAGAACGAAUGGAAGCAUGGCACGUUUCUGGUUUUCGAUUUCAGACCAGAUACUCUAAUUGAAAACCAAAGUCACAGAAGUGGGAGGAGUCUGCUUUUUCUAUUGAAGAAGUCAGCAGAGCAUCACCAACAACGUGAACACGACACGACAAAAGAAGAACCUAAGUACGUAGUGGAUGCAGUCCAAGUCUCAUGCCUAGUUGUCUAUUAUGAUGACCCGGAUAUCGGCAGCACCAAUUACAGGAGGCGACUUCUUGGAACUUGCGGAUGCAAACAGUCAUUGCAAAUUAGAACCAAGUGUAUCAAAGGCGCUGCCACGUGCGGCACUACUCUUGCUGAUGCGUCUUUUCAGUCCAACGCGGUUGAGAAAUCAGCGUCUUCUGUCCAGACGGACCGACGACGUCGUUUUUCCAUCAAGAACGCGAUUUCCUCAUUCAUUCAUCGACAUUUCAGUCACCAUACCCAAGGCAAGGUGGAAGGGAAUACUAUAUCUAGCUAUUCUAAUAUUGGAAGGUAUGGAGCCUCCGUGUCCGACCUGACAGUCGAAGACAACACCGUUACGGCUUGUUCAUCAGCAGUCGACGAGUGCGCAGGUGCCGAAUGUUUCUGAAAGCUUUGCUCUGAAGCAACUGUUCGUCAAUUUACUGAAAAAUAGUUGACAAUCUACACCGUUUGCUGAUCUAUUUACUGUAUAACAUUAUAAUCAUUUUCACUGA